AUGGAAAUUUGGGAAAACGCGGAAAAACACUUUAAAAAAAUUAAACACCUUGAAAACGAACUAUUGAGAAGAGAAAAGAGGGAAAAAAAAUUAAAAAAACUUGAAACUGACAAGAGAGAAAAGCAAGAAGAAAAAAUAAAGGAACUUGAAACUGAGAGAGAAGAACUCGAAACUCAGAAAGACGAGCUACAAAAGAAAAAUGACGAAUUUGAAGAUGAAUUUAUCAAAAUGAGAGAAGAUUUUGCCAAAAUAAAGGCUGAGAAGGAAGAUGUUUUACAAGAAUGGGAUGAGGAAAAGAGUAGGACAGAAUUUGUACUAGUUAGCAAAUCUGCUAAAAAGAGGCACCAAAGGGGUUUAGAAUCAUCUUUAAAGGAGGAAAACGACUCGGAGGAUGAACAUGUUGUCGGAGUUUUAGAAGCUGCUAAACUGGAAAAAGAAUCUAUGAUUGCAAAGGAGAAUGAGCUUAAGAAACGCGUGAAGCAACUCCAAAUUGACAAGGAUGAACUUUUCAGGUCUGGAACAACUUUGUUCGCUGAAAAUAAAACUUUGAAAUCAAAGUAUGACCAAAUUAUAGGAGAAAGAUCGAUGCUCCUUCAGGUGGAAGCAGCUCUAAAACGGAAAGUGAAAGAACAGGAGGAUGAAAUGAAAGACUUAAAAAAGACUAUCGAUGAUUUAUAUUAUCAGAACAUGGCGAUCAGAACAAAUGAAGAAAACGAAAAUAAAAAAAGUUCAUAUGUAGUUCUUAUGGGUAAUGAGAUGAUUAAAAAGCUUGAACGCGAGAAAAGCGCAUUACAUAGACGAGUAAAGUUUUUGGAGAAAGAAAAUAAUGAAAUUGAAACAAGAGUUGUAGAAUUGGAAAGACAGUCAGCAGAUCUUGUCAACUAUUCAAAAAAGUAUGACAAAUAUUCCACAUUUCCAGAAUCUAAUAGAAGUAGAGACAGCAGUUACAUAGAGAAACCGUGGUCCCGGGGUCGAGAUAAUAGAGAUACCGUAAGGUCACAUGAUCGUGAAAAUAGAGACACAGCAAGGGGACAAUAUCAUCAUAACAAAGAAACUCCACGUUCCCGGGAAAGGGUAAACGAUAGGACAAGAGAGCCUCCUAGCGAUAGAAACCCGCAUCGUUUAUCUGGUCGUGAUCAAGGAGGAAGAAGACACCUUGACCAGCGCCCACCAUCUGAAAAAAUGAUGUCGUUUCACGAAUACAGAGAAAAAUCAAAAUACGGAACAGGUGUUCCAACAAAAAGCCCCGAUUACUACAAAAAUAACAUGCCACCGUUCGCUAACGCUCCUUCAAGACAGCCAAGUAUGAUGGCACCUCCAAGCAUACAUUCCGGGCAAGGUCAUGACUCGAGGUUUUCAUUUCCUCCACUAGGAUCUCGGACUGGAGUAUUUAGGGCAUAUGGCAAUAGGUAUAAACCACAGAAUAUGAGUAGCGCCGGUACAACUAUGCCCGGGCGGUCAUGGGUUUCUUCAAAACCGCCCAAUUAUGUCACUCAGCCAGGACUUAAAAACGAAGAUGGAGACAUGCGUGAAAAUAGUCCUGACCUUUUUCAAGCCCAACCGCUUAAAUAUGACCCGACACGACCUGGAGAAUUUAAAGAAAAUAAUAUAUUGAGAGACAAACUAGAUAAAGGAGAUGAUAACCAUGUUGAGUCGUACCAAAGAGUAUUUGCAGACAGGCAGAUACUUAGAGAAGCCGAGACUGCUUAUAAACGAAGAAUCACCCAGCUUGAGCAAGAUGCGAAAGAAAUGCUUACUAACUUCGAAACUUUAUACGGUGAAAACAAAGUAUUAAGGGAUAAAGCAAAGAAAUUGGAAGAAAGGUUAAAUUCUGUAGACAGACUUGAUGAAAUCAAGAAAUUGAAUGAAAUGGAAAAGAAGUGUAAAGCAUUGGAAAAGAAUGUAAGGACAAUGGGAUAUGAAAGAGAAGAACUGGUACGUAUAAAUCACGAGCUUGACAAUGAAAAAUAUAGACAAAAAGAAGAAAUUGUGGAGCUAAGGAAAAGAAAUAACUUGCUUGAAAAAGAAACUGAAGGCUUAAAAAGAGGGUUCAUGGCCAUUGGAAAGAAUGUUGAUGAUUCAUGGAAAGAUGAAUUGAAACAAAAGACGAGACGGCAAGAGGAAGAAGAAAGAAUUAUGCGAGAAGAACAUGCUAAAUUUAAAAAGGAAAUAAUCAUAUUAAACAAAGAACUGCAUAAACUAGAGAAGGUAAACGUUGAAAUGAAAACUAAAAACGAUAUGCUUGAAAAUGACAAAGCAGAAUUUGAAAAACGUAUGUUUGAGUUAGCAAGGGAGACUGGACGAAGAACACCGUCUGGAGUAAAGAGGAAAAAUGAAGAAAUAUCUAAUAUAAAGGAUAAAAAGAUUGAAGAAAUGGCGAGAAGAAUUGAAGAGCUCAAAGAUGAAAAUGUUGAACUGAAAACAAAAACACAGAUAAUGGAAAAAGAAAAGGAGUCUUUUGAACAAAGACUAGAAGAAGCUUCAACAAGCAAACGUGAGACAGCAUCAUCUAUCCGUAGGAAAAUGGAAACAGAAAGAGAAAUAAGAGAUUUAAAUAUGCAUAUUGAAAACUUCAAAGACAAGAUCAAGCGUCUAGAGGUCGAAAACACUGAUUUGAAAGAAGAAACAAAAAGAAUGGAAGUAGAGGCAAAAGCACAAAAGCAAACAUCAAAAGCUCUUGCUUCAGGUCAGGCAAACCAGAUGGAUAUUCAAAUGAAAGACCUAAAUGACAAAAUUAUUGCACAAAAUAACGAAAUUAAGAUUUUAACUGAAGAAAAUCUCAAACUUAAAUCAGAUUCUAACAAUAUUGAAGAAAAGCUUCAAGAUCAACUAGAAAGCAUAAAGAAAGAAAAAGACGCAUUAUUACAAGAAAAAGAAACACUUCAAAAUAAUAUUGACCAAUCAACUACAACUACUUCAGGAAAAAUACAGGACCUACAAGAUGAGUUGAAUUCUUUACAAGUAGAUCUUAAAUUACUUAAACCUAAAUACGAAGACAUUCAAAAGCUACAUGAGGAGCUUAAGUCUGAACACAAAUCUCUGAAUGGAAAAUAUGAGGAAAAGGGUCAAGAACUCGAAAAACUAAAGGAAUCUCUAAGAAAUAAUAAAGACGUUUACAAUGAACUGUCAAAGGCCCAAAGAGAAAAUGCGACCUUACAAAGAGAAUUAGACGGACUGGAAGAUAAAUUUAAAACAGAGAGGCUGAAACUAGAGGCUGAUUUGGAAGAACUCUUGAAAAAUCAAGAAUUUAUGAAUACUGCAUUAUCAGAGCACAAAGUAAGACUGGAUAUGCUGCAACAAGAGAAAAAUGACUAUAAAACUGAAAAUGUAAAAUUAGUUAAGGCUAACGAAAGACAAGCUAAAACUAUAUCAGAUUUAAAAAGUGAUAUAGAUAAAGUUUCAGGAGAAGGCUCUUCACAAACAGCGUCGUUGAAACAGGAAUUAGAGACAACAAAAAAACAAUUAAAGGAAGCAGAAACUGGACUCAUUCAAGCUAAACAAGAAAUAGAAAUUGCUAAAAAUGAAAGAGAGAAUCAAGUCAGCAAACUUUUAUCGCAAAUGGAUAAAUUAAAAUCAGAACGAGAAAUUGAGACACAACAGCUAAAAACUCAAAGCGAAUCUUUACGCUCAGAGGUAGCUCGUCUCAAAGUAUUUGAAGAAAGAAUUCAAAAUAUGGAACAUAAUUUAAAAGAACUUGUACAAAAGCUGAGAGAAUCAGAAGAAAGAAAUAAGGAUGUCACAAACCAAAAACUGUUUAGUUUACAGCAGGUAGUAAAAGAAAUGAAAAGUGAAAACCUGGCUAACCGUAUACGAGCAGCUGAGAGGGAACAAAACGAGCUUGAAAAGCAUAAGAUGGAAUUAGAAAUAAAGCAGGAUGCGAUUACUGAAAUACGAAAACUGAAAGAAGAAAACGGUAGAUUACUCAGUUUGCUUGAAGAUAAACGUGCCGCAGAAGAAGCACAAGAUGAAUGGACAAAGAAGAAAAAUAAAAUGAAUGAGAUCUUAGCACAAAACAAACGAUUACAAGAUGAAAACACUCGACUUCUUGCUGUAGCUGAAGGUGGUCAAACUGAACAUUUGCGAAAAGACUUACAGGCCAAAAAUGAAAAACUGAAACUGAUAGAAUCAAAAUAUCAAGAAUUUACUGUAGAAAAUGCAAAUCUUAAACAAGCUAUGGAAGAAAAAGAGAAUGAAUUGAAAAGAAUUGGUUUGAAAGUUGAUAGAAUUACACGAGUCCAGCAUGAGAAUAGAAGACUUGUUACGGAGAACCAACGCUUAAGAGAUGAUAUGUUGAAAAAAGAUAACAUAAUAAGUAGUCUCAAAGAACUUGAGACCACAAAAGCAAAAUACAUAGAUUCUGCUGCAAAUAAUCAAAGACUAUAUGAAGAAAAUAAGCGGCUGAGGGAAAGUAUCGAAAAAUCAAAAGACUACAAGACAGAGUUUGCGAAAGCCAGGGACCAGGAAAAAGCAACAGCAGCAUCAUCAGUGAAGUACCAAGAAGAAAAUACACUUUUAAAGAACACCCUAAAUAUAAAGGAAACCGAAUUUAAACGCGAACUAGAACUUCAUAAAGAAAGAGCCAAUAAAAUUCAAGCUCGGAACAAACGACUUACCGAGGAAGUUGCAAAACUAAAAGAAAGCAUUAAGAAAAAGGAUGAUUUGAUAAUAAAACUAAGGGCACUUGAAACAGCGGAAGGAAAACUAAAAGAUGCUUCUAUAAAUGCAUUGCGCUUGUAUGAAGAGAACCAGCGACUGAGAAAUCUUUUAGAAAAUAAUUCUGGUGGCUGGAAAAGUAAUUUUCAAAACGCUAAAACACUUUCGGCAAAUAGGUUUUCAGAUGCAUCAGGACCAACCGCUGCUGUAUACGUUGACUCAAACAAGAAUAAAAACUCUGCUGAUAAAAACACUAGAUUUUCUAAAGAUAGAACAGAUACCAUUGACGAAAGAGGGAUUGGAACUACGCCGACAUAUGAUGAAGACACAAGAACGAGUUCAAAUCUGAAGAUUAAGAGAUUAACUAAGCUUCCAGACAUUACGAAGAGGGAAGGAACAGGGCUACUGACGGGACUGAACUACUCAGAGAUGCAUCAAAAAACCAAAGGAUUGAAAGGAGAAGCGUUAAUCAUUGCCCAAAACAAAGAGAUAGAAGCGCUGAAGGCAAAACUGCAAAAUCAGGACAAAGAAAUCAGAGCUGCAAAGGAAGAACUUAGCACACGAGAACCCGAUUUUCAACGUCUGGUUAAUGAACGAGACGGUCUUAAAUCAGAUAUCGUGAGAAUGAGAAAAGAACUUGCAAUAAAGUCAGCAGAAGACAGUAUGAAUAGGACUUCACAACUUCAAGAACAGAACAAGCGUCUUGUUCAAGAAAAUCAGAGACUGCGAGAGGAAAUUAAUGUCAGAGACUUACAACUCAGUGAGCGAGGCGCGCCAGGAUACAAUAAAGCAUUUUAUGUUGACAAUGAAAGCAAAACCACUGAAGAGAAACUAAAACUUGCAAUUGCUGAAAACAGACGACUACACGAAGAAUGUGGCCGAUUACGUGCGGCAUUAGAUGAAACCCACGUGAAUGAUACCGGAAGUAGAUUUACAGAUCCUGAAGUUACCGGUUCAAUGAUUGAGGGAUUUAAAGACGCUAAAACUAAAAGAUGGGCAACGCUGCAAAAAGGGGGUAAGAUGAAAAAGAAAGAAGCAAUCAAGAAGAAUUCCAACGAGACUGAUGAUAAUAAAUUGAUGAUGCUAGAAGAGAACAUGGGGAAAAAGGACAGAAGUGGAAACGUUACCCUUGUUGAAACACAGAAAGUAAUCAAUGUGGAAUAUCAACUUUUAGUUGCUGAAAGAGAUGAUUUACUAGAAGCUGAAUUAGGGUAUAAAAGGCGGAUAGAGCAGUUGGAAAAAGAAAAUAGUGAUACCCUAAAGAGUUUUGACAUCUUAUACAAUGAGAACAAAAUACUUCGAUCUAAACUGGACACACCUGAUGGAGUGGGUGCGGAUAGUGUUGAAUCAUACAACUCGGUGUAUAAGGACAGGGAACAUCUAAGGGAAGCAAAUCGAGCUUUUAAACGACGAAUUCAUCAGCUUGAAGAUGACGCUGCGGAGGCACAGAAGUCCUAUAACCAACUCUACCAGAACCACCAACUUGUCACGCAAAAAGCUCAACUUGAAACAGAAUUUGCUACGAAAACCCGAGAUGAGAAGAUCAAUGAAAUGGAAAAAGAACAUGAAGAAAUAUCAAAAAGACUUAAAAUGUUUUUAAAAGAAAGAGAACAAUAUGAAUAUAGAAUUUCUGAGAUGGACAAAGAAAGGAAUGAAUUGCAAAACAAGUAUGAUUUUCUCGCUGAAGAAAAACACGAAUUGCAUAUUAGAUGUGAUGUUCUACAAGCCGAUAGAGAAAAGUUAAAGGAGAAAGUCAAUGACUUGGAAGAAAAGGUUCCAGAUCCAGACGUUAAAGCAAAAGAGGAACAACAAUUUCUAUCUUUACAGGCACAAGUUGUUGCGCUUCAAGUCAGCAAUACAGAUGCAAGCAAAGAAAUCCACAAGCUUAAGGAUGAAAUACGAGUACUAAGUAAACAAAAACGAGUCAAAGUUGAAAUGACAGAUAGAGCAUCAAGUGUUAUAGUUGACGAGGAAGAAGAAGAAAACGAAAGACAGAAGUUGGUAAGGUACACUGAGGUUGAAGCCGAGCUUGUAGAAAGUCGCCAGAGAGCUAUAAACUUACUCAAAGACAAUGACCGGUUAAAGACAGAAUCAGCUGAUUUGGAAAGCAAGGUUGCUAAUUUGGAAUUAAACUUAAACGAGAUUCAAGAAGAGCUAAAGACGAAAAGAGCGGAAGUGGAAGAUUUAUCUGUUCUAGCUCAAGGAGGACAAAGUCUCAAUGAAGAUUAUUUAGUUUUACAGGAUAAAAUAAAGGACAUUACCGCAAUGAAGCAGGCAUUAGAAAAUGAGCUCAUUCAGGAGAAAAAAAUAUCAAAGUUAAAAAUGAUGGAACUUAACAAAGAUUUAGAAAAAACAAAAGAUAAAUUGAAUGAGACAGAAAAAGUAAAAAUGAAAUCGGAAGGUGAAAGUAAUAAAUUACAGAAUGAAAAUGACACGCUACAAAAAGUCAGUGAAGCACAGGCAAUAGAGCUCAGAAAUAUGAAAGCUCAACUUGAGCAAGUUCAAAAUAUACUUGAGGAUAAAAGUGAAAAAUAUCAGGAGAUGAAAAAAACUGAAAAGGAAAACCAGGAAGAGCUUAGAGAAGCUAGAUUACAACUACAUAUUGUACAACGUGAGCUAGACGAUCUUAGAAAGGAAAAGGCCGGUAACUUUAAUACUUUGAAAAACGAAAUGCAAACAGCCAGAGACGAAAGAAAAGAAGAAACAGAGCAAAUGCGGCAAGAAACAAUGCGGCUGAGAGAUGAAGUAAAAAAGUUAAAAGACUAUGAGCAUCGAAUCACUACCAUGGAUUCUGAGAUAAGGCGAUUAAUGAAUAGAUUACGAAUGUCUGAUCGACUUAGAAAGCUUCCACCAAAACAAGCUAAAAUUGAUGAAGAGAAGGAUGAAAUAAAAGAAUUAAGAAAACGUCAACGGGAAUUUGAAAAAGAGAAAAUGGUUCACAUACAAGAAAAGCGACAGUGGGAGAUUCUGAAAGAGAAAUAUACAGAUUUGCAAAUGAAUAAUCGUCGACUUGUUGAAGAGAAUAAAAGAAUAAGAGGAGAUCUGGAUGGUACAAGCUUCAAAGUCGAAUCACUGGAAAAGAGGUUUAAGAAACUGCAUAUCAAAGUUGAGGAUAACCCAAACGACCAAAAGGCGAUACAGCGGGCAACAUAUAUUGAAACGCCAGAUAAGCGUUCUCCCAGAUUAGUAGCCAAGAAAAGAGGAGAAAUCAAGUCUAACGAAAACAAAGAAAAAAAGAAACAUGCAUUGAAGCCAAUUGAAGAAUUAAGAAAAAGUAAGCAUGCACUUGAUGGAAGUGUUGGCAUUCCUUUAGCAAGGAAAAUACAACUGACACAACCCAAGGAAAGACGAAAAUUCGAACGGAAAUCAACAAAAACUUUGGAAGACAUUUCAAAAAUGCGAUCAAAGAAACCAGUUUUACCAAAAGUUGAGGUAGAAUCCGGACUUAUGUUCGGUAAAGGAUAUAGAGAAUUGCACAAAAACAGAUACAAACCAACAUCCACUCUAGAAUUACUUUAGUAUGUUUUGAAUGCAGACUUGAUGACUGCUGAACCCGGUACUGCACUACCCAUUUUCUCUGAACCAUUGAAACAUAGUCUGCGAUUUUCUCGUAUUUAUUUUGUAUUUAAAUUAUUGAAGGAUAUCAUCUUUCCCAUAUUUGUAUGACUUUCAGUGUUUAUCCAUAUAAAAUACUGUAAUACUUAAAAAAGCUAUGCGGUUAAAUUAGUUAUACAAUGAAGUUCAUACUUGGUACAGAUAGACAUUUGAAUAACUAGGUCUAAGAUUCAGGUAUGAAAAGUACAGGUUUAAAGCAUAAAUUGUUUGAUCUGUUGGUUUUAUUUUUUGCAUAUUUUGGUUAAUGACAAUCGAUCGAUCUAACUGGCUUCCCUGGAUAACUAAAUUCCUUUAAAAGCUACGCGGGCUGACAAAGUAUUUCGUUAGUCUAAGUAAACGAUUUUUAUUGCUUCAAACAGACAACAUUGCAACCGUAUAUUACAUAUUUGAGAUUUGUUUGUUGUACCUCUCAGUCUUUUACCAUGUUUACUGUAAGACAGCAAUGCUUCAUUAUACUGUAAAAAAUAACAUAUGUGAAUAGAAUGACAAAGCUUAAUAAAAUAAUUACUUUUG